UAAUCGAACUUCAUGUUGUACUACAUAUUUUGCUUGAGUGCAUAGCAAAGUGGGUUGCCAUAAAUUUGUUGGCCAACCAUGAAUUUAACAACACCUGCCUGUCAUAUUUUACUGCUACACGCUUGACUAACUUUCAACUGUUUGAUUCCGGAUUAUAUGUGCCUUUCAGAUUUAUGAGAGUUUCACAUCGGAUUUUAGUUUUCUUUUCCUUUUCCUUUAAUCUCUUGGAAUCAUUAUCUGCAAUGUUAGAAUAAAUGAAGUUCCAAGUGAAAGUUUCCCUUGCCUGUCUCAUAACCUUGAUCGUGAUUCAGCAAAGUGUUUGCGCAGAUGAGGUUUCGAGUACUUCCAACGCAACAGACUGGACAUGUAGAUGCUCAUAUCAAGGAAACCUGAGCUACACCCUAGAACCUUACUGUUCAGCAUCCUGUAAUUGCAGUCAGGAUGCUGGAAGUAAUACUACAUGGACAUGCAUAUGUGCUGCGAAUGGGCUUCCUAAAGUGGCAGCAGACGGUCAUGAUCCUAAUUGUUUUGCAGCCUGCAACUGCACUUAUGGAUAUCUCAAUGCAGCACAGCCUUCAAAAAACCAUCUUCCGAGCAAAGUUGUUGUGAUUAUUCUUUUAGCAUGUGUCAUACUCACAACUCUUGCUUUUAUUUCCUCGGUGGCAUGCUACUUCUGCCGAAGGGCCAAGUGCUCUAUUCAACCGCCAAUAUUUUCGUCAGACACGGAAAAAAGUUGCAAUAGUGCUUCCAACUUAAUUAGCUAUAAGAGCUCAUUGUUUGAGACCAAAAUUAAUAUGGAUUCUCCCAUCAGUAAAGGCACAGGGUGCUUUACCUCUUGCGUAUUUAGGAGCAAACCCCGAGCUACACCUGGAGCAAUUAUUCAAUUUUCAUAUGUUGAACUGGAAAAUGCAACCAAUAAGUUUUCAGACUCCAAUCUAAUAGGACUUGGCGGAAGUAGCUAUGUCUAUCGUGGCCAGCUUAAAGACGGUGAGAUUGUGGCAGUUAAGCGUCUAAAAGCUCUGAAAGGGCCAGAUAUGGACUCUGUCUUUUUAACAGAGAUUGAGAUGUUAGCAAGACUUCAUCAUUUUCAUGUGGUGCCUUUGCUUGGGUACUGCUUUGAAACCCAUGGAAAAAAUGCCGAGAGGCUAUUGGUAUUUGAGUACAUGAAUAACGGUAACCUGAGAGAUUGUUUGGAUGGCGAUAAAGGAAAAAACAUGGAUUGGGUCACUCGAGUUUCGAUUGCCAUUGGAGCUGCAAGGGGUUUGGAAUAUCUCCAUGAAGCAGCUGCUCCAAGAAUUCUGCAUCGAGAUGUCAAAUCCACAAACAUUCUUCUGGAUGAAAAUUGGCAAGCAAAAAUAACUGAUCUUGGUAUGGCGAAAUGCCUGAAAGCCGAUGGUCUCCCUAGUGCAUCUAGUUCUCCAGCUAGAAUGCAGGGGACUUUUGGUUAUUUUGCACCGGAGUAUGCAAUUGUUGGCAGAGCAUCUCUUAAGUCAGAUGUUUUCAGUUUUGGCGUGGUUCUUCUUGAGCUUAUCACUGGUCGGAAGCCCAUCCAUCAAUCAACCAACAAGGGAGAAGAAAGCCUUGUCAUAUGGGCUACGCCUCGUUUGCAGGAUAGUAGGCGCGUAAUCACAGAGUUGGCCAAUCCAGAUUUAGAUGGAAACUUCCCGGAAGAAGAGAUGCAGAUAAUGGCUUACUUGGCAAAAGAAUGCCUACUGUUGGAUCCUGAUGCUAGACCAAACAUGAGUGAGGUUGUUCAAAUCCUUUCGACUAUUUCACCAGAGAGAUCUAAAAGGAAAAACUUUUCUGCAAACCUUUUUGAGCACAUAGGCAUGGAUGGCCAUAAAGAUGCUGAGGAGCCAAGGCAAGCGAAAUCCAAUAAAAGUUCAGUUCGUUGUUCACUGCCACUAGACAUUGACCGUAAUCUCUGUGCUGAAAGAGAUACAGAUUCUGUUUCAGAUAACCAUAUGGAGAGAUUGAUCCUCUUGACUUCAAAUGCUAGGAGUUGUCGUACCAACGAUGAUGAGACGGUGGAUUUAACUGAGCCCAGGUUUGAGUCUUUUCGCGUAACAAGUGAUAAGCCCCCAUGACAGGAGAAACUUGACUUGGGUAAAGCACACGGAAAAGGAUGGAUACCAGAUUUUAAGCUUGGUUCAGAUACUUGUUUGCGGCCGGUUGCUCGAAGGAAUCAUGAGGAAGCAAGCGGGUUUCUGAAGAUUUUUUUUUUUUUUUUUUUUCUAUACUUUUUUCUUUGAAGAAAAUCAUAGGCUGUGUAUGUUGUUUGGUGGUUGUACAGAAGUUAUAGAAAUUCAACUAUGUUAGGAGAUGAAAAGGAUGGUAUGCUGCUUGUAACUCAGUAAAUGCAAAAAGAUAAGCAUAUUGGUUCCCCCCUUUUUUUUA